CGCAUGCGCUGUAACGCUGUUCUCUCUGUUUCCUGCGCACAUUGCCACGUUAUUAGCGGCAGACACAAAAUUCAAGCGACAGUUCAGACUGGUAAAGGUGAAAGAAGACCUGCCGCGUUAAGAGUCUCCUCGGUUUCCAUCACGGUUUUAUUAACAGUUGGCUCGUUUGGAGGUGAUCCGAGAUGCUGAAGUUGUUGAUUGUGUGCGCACUGGCCGCUAUGAGCGCGGCUGAUAUCUCCGAGGAGGAGGACGUGCUCGUACUGAAGAAAAGUAACUUCGAGGAGGCGCUCAAAACUUACCCAAAUAUCCUUGUGGAGUUUUAUGCACCAUGGUGUGGGCACUGCAAGGCCCUGGCCCCUGAAUAUGCCAAAGCAGCCGGUAUGCUGAAAGCUGAAGGUUCAGACAUCAGACUAGCUAAGGUGGAUGCAACUGAGGAAUCUGAACUCGCUCAGGAGUUUGGUGUUCGUGGAUAUCCCACCAUCAAGUUCUUCAAGGGAGGAGAAAAGGAGAACCCCAAGGAGUAUUCUGCUGGCCGACAGGCUGAUGACAUCGUCAACUGGCUGAAAAAGCGAACUGGCCCUGCAGCCACUACUUUAAGUGAUGUGACACAGGCGGAGUCUCUUAUUGCUGAUAAUGAAGUUGCAGUCAUUGGCUUCUUUAAGGAUGUUGAAUCAGAAGAUGCCAAGGCCUUCAUUAAAACCGCAGAGGCUGUGGAUGACAUCCCCUUUGGCAUCACUUCAGAUGAUGCAGUCUUUUCAAAGUUUGAAGUUGCCAAGGAUGGUGUUGUUCUUUUUAAGAAGUUUGAUGAGGGUCGCAAUACAUUUGAUGGAGAGAUCAGCAAAGAAAAGCUACUAGCCUUCAUCAAGGCCAACCAACUUCCCCUGGUCAUUGAGUUUACAGAGCAGACUGCUCCAAAAAUCUUUGGAGGUGACAUCAAGUCCCACAUCCUGAUGUUUGUGCCCAAAACAGCCACAGACUUCCAGAAUAAGAUGGACCAAUUUAAAAAAGCAGCUGAGGGCUUCAAAGGCAAGAUUCUCUUCAUCUUUAUUGACAGUGAUGUGGAUGAUAAUCAGCGAAUUCUGGAGUUCUUUGGUCUUAAGAAGGAAGAGUGCCCAGCGAUUCGCCUCAUUACCCUAGAGGAAGAGAUGACCAAAUACAAACCAGAAACCUCAGAAAUCACAGCAGAGAACAUCAUCACCUUCUGCACAGCCUUCACAGAGGGAAAACUUAAGCCUCAUUUGAUGAGUCAGGACAUUCCUGACGACUGGGAUAAGAACCCUGUCAAGGUCCUGGUGGGCAAAAACUUUGAAGAGGUUGCCUUCAACCCUGCCAAGAAUGUCUUUGUAGAGUUUUAUGCCCCAUGGUGUGGUCACUGUAAGCAGCUGGCACCCAUCUGGGAUCAGUUGGGUGAGAAAUUCAAAGAUAAUGCAAACGUUGUUGUGGCCAAGAUGGAUUCCACAGCCAAUGAGAUUGAAGCUGUCAAAGUGCAUAGCUUCCCCACGCUUAAAUUCUUCCCUGCUGGUGAUGACCGUAAGGUAAUUGACUACAAUGGUGAGAGAACGUUAGAUGGAUUCACAAAGUUUUUGGAGAGCGGAGGAAAAGAAGGUGGGGCACCAGCAGGAGAUGAUGAGGACGAGGAAUCUGAUGAUCUGGAUCUUGAUGAUGUAGAGGAGGAUGAUUCGGAUGUGGAAGAGGGACACGAUGAGUUAUAAGAGUCAGGAGGAAAAGGCGAGACAAACCCCUUCACCACCACCACCUCCACUUUAAACCUCCCUGUCUGUGAACACUAAAGCUUUUCCUAACUAAUCCAACAGCCACUGGGCGUUACAGGGUCCUUUGUCAGCCAGUAUUCAUUACCAGUCCAGCCCAACCAUCGGCAGCCCAGAGAAGUGCCUCUCUGCCCACAACAACUUUAUCUCUUUAAAGUGUUCUACUGUACAGUUCUUUUGGCAUUUAAAAUGUAUUUGGUUUUUAGGUUUAAUUCUAAUGGUAACCUGUUGAACUGCUCUUUAUACCUGCCCACUACCUCCUUUUGUCAUCCGGGGGCACAGUGUUAAGAUGUUGCAGUUUAAUACUGGAAAUACUCUCCUGAUGAAGGAGGGGAAAAAAACAGUUAUUCUGCCUUAAUUCUGAUAAGAAUGAGUGGACAUUUCAGGGCAGUGGGGCUAUAUGUCAUUCACCGUUGGGUGGAAAUAAAAUUAUAAUGGCUGCUAUUACAGUACGAACAAAACUUAGCCGAGACCAAACUGAGGUACCUUCCCUGUUUCAUUAGACAAACUGCAUUUUCAUAUUCCUUCUUUUCCAAAUUAACACCUGCUACUGAAUUAUUUUUAAAGAUGUAAAAGUGGAGAGCUUGUUUUAUUUAAUUUUAUAUUUCAAUUAUUUUUUUUUUUUUUUUUUUUUUUUUAUAA